AAAAUCUUCCUCUCAAUUCAGAAUCAAACAAAGGGCAACAAGAAUAGACAAACAUACAGAAAAAGAAGAUGAAAAUUCACAAAAUAUUCCAACUUGCAAAAGGCGCACGCCAUGCCAACAAUCCCGCUAAUGCCAUUUGCAAAAGUCCCCCCAACCCGUCCACCACCUAACCCCAAGCUAACUCCAAAUCAAGCAAGAAAGGAACAAAGCCAACCCCCAAUCAGCAGCAGCCUCCAGCGAAUUAGUUCCGGGCGCUGGAGCUCUUUUGUUUUUCUUCUCUUCUCCUCUUACGGGUACGGCGACGCCAUACGUGUAAGCUCCUCGCUACGGGCCGGGGGCCACGCACGUGCUGUGAUUCGUUUUUACUUGCUUUUUGCUUCUUUUGCCUUUAUGCAAGUUUGCUUGCUACUGUACCCCGUCCGAUAAAAUCUCCAACUCCCACGAGGCUGCGUAAGCG